GCCGUAGUUGCGGCGAAGACUCGGGCUGGUGGGCUUGCUCUGGGUAACCGCCAGAAGACUAAGUCCAAAAUUCCUGCAGUUCCUGCUCGUGCGUCUCCGGUGUUGCCUGACCUUGACCAGGUUGCCAUUCCUUCAGGGGUUUUCGUUGAUGGUGACACGCCUCUUGCACAGAUCCCCAUUGGUGACGUUGGCCCUACUUCAGCUGGAGUGGUAUUGGUCCGGCCGGAACAAGCUGCACCGUACUUCAAGCUUUCAAGGCCUGUCAGUCGCGCAGCAUUGGCCCUUGUGGUUGUCGGUGAGCUUGACCUUGGUGAGGUGACUGUCAAGUUUGAGGUGUUGCGAUUCCGAGCCACGUCAACGAAAAGUGCACUUCCGUUGCUUCUUUCCGGGACUUUGCUCCAAAUUGGCGAUCGCUGGGUUUCCAAGCAUGCCCCUAAGGUCACUAACGUUGAGGUUGUUCCAUCGGAGGUACUUCGCAUCGCUGUGUUUCGUGACCAGUUCGAGGGUGAUUGGGACACUUUCACAAUGCGCCCACUGCGGGAGAUCAUACAGGUGGUUCCCUGCCUACGCACUUGCUCGGUCGCAGGUUGUAGUUGUGCUGCUUGGCAUGGUGCCUCCGCGCCGGGUGAGCCGGAAGCUAUCCUUGAGUGUUGGGCCAGGUCUUGGCAUUCCAUUGCGUACAAGCAAGCCCCGGCGAAGUCAGCAGUAAUCUUCAACAUCUUUGUGAGAAUCCCUGCUGGGCUUCUCAAGCCUCUGCUUGCAUGCUCCGGGUUGCAUGGUGUUUUCGUUGAGCCGCGUGCCGCAGAUUCCAAGGAGGCUUCUGCUGAGUUUCGUGUUAUCUGGCUUCCGAAAGCUUCUUAUAGUGAGGUCCUGCUGCUUAAACAAAGCCAUGGCGAAAUCAUUGGACUUGCACGUGUUGGAUCGCGAUUGGGAGUUCGUUGCGAUAAAGCUGACGAAGAGGCGUUACACAAAGUCCUCAAAGGCACCCCUUUUGUCGAUCGUAGCUCUUUGUGUAUGUUCGUUGUCGGUCCUUGGCCUUUCGGGACGCAGCGCCAAGCCGUUGAAAAAGCCUUGGCCUCCUUUGGAUGGGUUGCUCGCGUUACCCAGCCUCUUGCUGGCCAGCCUGGUGGUCUGUGGUGGCGGGUUCAAGCCGGCUCGCGCCCUCCUGAGCUUGUCUUGCACACACAAUUCGGUGAAGUGCUUAUCAGUGAAGAACCUGGGCGUGCAGUUACCCCGGUUGUGAAGCAUGCAGUGCUUGCUGCUCGCAGUGCUUUGCGUGAUGUCUGUCCGCCUUCGCCCCCUUCGGUUGACCCUUUGCAGGUGCAUGAUCCUUGGGCUGCAGCGCUUCAGAAGCAAAAGCCUUCACAGCCUGCUUCUGUUCAAGAUGUGUCUGCACAAGUUGAAGCCAAAGUAUUGGCCAAAAUUCAGCGUGAUCGUUCCUUGUCGUCUGCCGCCCCGCCUUCUGAGCAGUUGCGUGAGGAGCUUGAACAGAGUGUGCUUGCCAAGGUUGAGGCUCGUUUGACGGAACAUCGCACUGUGGUCGAGGGUCGGCUUUCUGGAUUUGAAACUCAGGUUACAGCCCUUUCAGACAAAGUUGAUGGCCAGGAGUCGGUGCUUCGCAGCAUGUUUCAGGAGCAGAUGUCCCGCAUUGAAGAGUUGUUAGCUGCGCCCAAGCGGUCUCGGCAUGAGAGCGUGCGCCACUGGUCCGUAUUGAUUGCUUUUCUUUCGGUGCGUGUUGGGGAAGCAGCGCAUCCUGGUCCGGGGGUCGCGGACGAGUCUUUCUUCACUUUGGGUGCCAUUAACCCCACCGGGCUUAAUGGCAAACAUGGGGUAGUUUCUCAGCUUGAUUCGCCCGCAAUCUAUGCUGUCAGCGAAACGCAUUUGACCAAGCCAGGGUUGGAUUCAUUCAGGAUGGGUUUGCGCCUGGCCGGUCCCUUUUCGUUUGUUCAUGGUUGUCCUGUGGCCCCUCGGCCGCGCAGCCAGGUGUCUGGUGUCUACGAAGGCGUAGGCUUUGUCACGUCGUUUCCUGCUCGUUUGGCUCCACACUCGUGGCCUGCUUUGCUGUAUGAGACCUCUCGCGUUCAGGUUGCCAAUUUCUUCGUGGGGCCCAUGUGGCUGUUGGGCGGAGUGGUCUAUGGGUACGCCACCGACUCCUCUCGUACGUCAUGUCUGCUUCAGGCCAUCACUGAGCGCGUGGUUUUGGGUGCUUCUGGACCUCGGUUCGUGGCCGGCGAUUUUAAUCUGGAGGUGGACAGAAUCGAUUUCGUUGAUAUCUGGCGUGAGCGCGGUUUUUGCGAAGUGCAAGACCUCAUGCGCUGGGCAACUGGUUGCCAACCUCGCCCUACAUGUAAAGGCAAGACCCGCAAGGACUUCCUGUUUGUUUCGGCUGAGUUGGCAGCGAUGUUUGUCCGUACCAUGGUUGAUGAGACGUUUUUUGCUGAUCAUUCUGUGCUUUCGGCGAAAUUCCGCACGUCCGAGUCCUUUGUCCCGCGCUUUCAGUGGCGCAUGCCUGUUCAUCGCCAGUCUCUUCAUCUUCAGCCCUUGCAUGUUUGCGCCGUGGGUGGCCCUGUUAGCUCAGCUUGCCCUCCGUCUGAGCGCUUUGCUGCGGUUUUCGAGCGGUUUGAAGAUGGGCUCUCGCGUGCUCUUGUUGACCGCAACUUGCCACCUCUGUGUUCUCGUGAAAAAGGGCGCGCCCGCACUUUCGAAGUCAAGUGCAGCAAGACGAAGUUUGCUCCGGUUCGUAACUCACGCGUUUCUGAAGUGUCCCCCGCCUUUUUCGGGCCAAACCUUCGUUAUGCACAGUGGUUUAGGCAGCUUCGUCGCCUUCAGGCUCUUCGCCAGGCCCUCCUCUCGGCCAGCUCGACGCCCUCUGCGUUGGAGUAUCGUGCGGGUUUGUGGGGUUCCAUUCUUCGUGCUCCAGGUUUUGGGGUUCCUUUCGUGAGUUGGUGGCCUACUCGGGGAAUCCAGCUGCCCACCGAUCCGGUCGGUAUCCCGCUGUGUAUUCCUUCAUUGGACGUUGUGACUCAAGUCUUUGCUUCUUUUGAGGCGAAUGUUCGUGCAUGGGAGAGGCAGUUGCUGUCUGCACGUCGUGGUGAGGCUGCUGCCCGUCGCGCUUCCGACCCUAGCCUCAUCUUCCGCGAUCUUCGUGCUGCCCCUGCUAAACCGGUGGAGUCAUUAAUUGAGCCGCUUGAGGCGAAAGUUGAGGAGGUUGAUGCCGGUGACAAUGCCGUUGUGCUUGACAAGGAGACUCCUUGGAGCCCCGAUUUUCCACUCUGUGUGAACGGUGUGUGCCUUGAUCCCAUCCAUGUUGAGCCUGACAAGAUUUGGUGUCAGGUGGUUCAAUCUGUAUUGGUUGGAACGCUUCCCGAUCUGUUCGCCAAAUUUGGCAAGGAGUGGGCUCGACGGUGGCAGCGACACGACAAUGUUGCUCCUGAUAGGUGGCAUGACCUUAUCUCUUCGUUUCGGGAGCGUCGUGCUUUUCCUUCUAUGGCUCUUGAGCCCAUCACCCUGUCUCUGUGGCAAGCGGCCGUCAGGGCUAAAAGCACCCGCAGCGCGACCGGCCUUGAUGGAGUUUCCAGACAAGAUCUCUUGUUGAUGCCGCCUGAGCUUACUAUUGAGCUUAUUCGGUUGCCCAUUUCCGUCUUAUCUAUGGUGUACCGUGUUUGGGGGAGUAUCCGUGCCCGUCAAUGUCUGCGACACUUGUCCCAGUUUGUCCCGCCGGGCCUUCUCGGCAAUGUCCCGGGGCGUUCGGCUUCAAACGCGUGGUAUUCCAUCCAGCUUGCGGUUGAGCGCUCCUUUCGCGAAGGCCUUCCCCUUUCAGGUUUUAGUGCGGACCUCGUCAAGGCCUUCAACUUGUUGCCUCGGGCACCUACGUUUGCCUUCGCCAUGCUGUGUGGCAUCCCGCGUGGUUUGGUUGCCGCUUGGUCCGCUGCCCUUGUUGGCCUUGAGCGCCGCUUCAGGAUCCGUGGGUCCGUUGGGCCAGGGGUUAUGAGCUCGACCGGUUUCCCCGAAGGAGAUGCGUUGAGUUGUGUGGCUAUGACCCUGAUUAAUUUUGCCUAUCAUGAGCACAUGGCCGCAUCUGUUCCGGAUUGUGUCGCCUUGACUUUCGUUGACAAUUGGGAAACAACCGCUUCGUGUCCCAUGAGUAUUCUGCGAGCUGCCGCAGCUCAAGAGGAUUUCUCACGUGCAUGGGACCUCGAGGUGGACUCAAACAAGACGAUUUUCUGGUCCACUGCCGCCGCUGAUCGGAAAUUGUUGCGUUCGAAUCGGUGUAGUGUCGCUUUGGAUUUCCGUGAUCUUGGUGGCCAUAUGCAGGUUUCAAGGCGCCAUACCAACUACACACAGACCGCACGUUGCAAGGACCUCGUUCCGAAGUGGCUUCGCUUGAAAUGCUCGCUUGCGCCGUAUGUCCAGAAAGUGCGGGCCCUUCAGGUUGCUGCAUGGCCUAUGGCUUUGCAUGCUGUCAGCAUCGUUACUUUGUCAGCUGCUUCCUUUCGCUCCUUGCGGAAUGGUGCCAUGAUUGGUUUGGGAGCUAAGGCUCCGGGUGCCAGUUCGCGUCUUCACUUGAGCUUGGUCGAGUUUCCACUGGCGGAUCCUGAGUUUUAUGCGUUGCGGAGCUCGUUUCGUGAUGCAGUUGCUUACGGUUCUUUGGAAGCGCUUGCACCGUUGUUGGAUCUGGCCUCUACAAGCUCGGUGCGUCAGCCAGGGCCGGCGGGAGUGUUGUUGUCACGGGCUAAUUCCAUUGGCAUUGCGUGGUCUCCUGAGUUGUGCUGUUUCCAGGACUCUCUUGGCAAUCUUGACCCGUGGAGGCUUUCUUGUCAAGAAGUUGAAGCACGUUUGGUCCUGCAGUGGCAAGCUGCCGUUCAGCUCAGUGUGUCGCAUCGAAAAGGUUUUACGGGCCUUGCAGGUUGCGACGCACACCUGACGCGUUUGAUCUUCGGUCGGCUGGAGUCUGAAUACAAAGUACUGGCACGAAAGUCGCUGAAUGGCUCAUUCUUUACGCAAGAUGCAUUGUGCCACUUCUCCGAGGGGGAGUCUGACGCUUGUGCAUUCUGCGGCCAUCCGGACAGUGUGCUCCACAGGGUUUUCGAAUGCCCGCACUUCCAAGACGCUCGUGCUCUUCCUUUGCCUUGCCCGCUCUCGGUGCUUGAAGCGCAGUGUGAUGCCACACGUUUGCAUUGUUGGGCACCUUGCGUGAAGGAUGUUGGCUUGCUCAGGCACGCACUUUGUCAGCUCCCUGACACUACGUCGCACUUUGAGCCGUUGCCUCCUAUGCCCAUGUACGAUCUUUUCACAGAUGGCUCCGGCCUUUGUUCGUCCUUUCCCUCCCUUCGCUUGGCCUCUUGGGGUGUCGUGGUUGCUGCAGAUUCCUUCGGCUCGCCGGGCCUGCCCUUGUGCUCCGGGCUUGUACCGGGCUUGCUCCAAACUGCUUUUCGGGCGGAGCUGACCGCCAUGUUAGCUGCCUUCACAUUCGCUUCCACGGUUGAAAUGCCUGUUCGUAUCUGGUCUGACUGCUCGAGUGUGGUGCGGAGGGCGCAAAGCUUGCUUGCUGGCGAGUGGGUUCCCGCAUCCACGGGAAAGCAUGCUGACCUCUGGACAAGGAUGUUGCAUCUCAUGCCGCUGCUGCAUGAUCGGGUUUCAGUGUAUAAGGUCUCUGCACAUUUGGAUUCGGACUUGCAGGGUACGUUUGCAGAUGAAUGGGCCGUCGUCCACAACAAUGAGGCUGAUUACCUGGCGGGUUGCGCUAAUCAGGAGCGCGGUAAUGAGUUUUGGAACCUCUGGCGUCGGUGCGCGGACGGCUAUGCUGAAGCAUCACGCAUUACUGAAGGGAUUCUGCUGCUUCAUGCUAGGAUUGGCAUGGUCGCUUCGCGGUCCGAGGGCCGACCUGGAGCCCGUCCAAUAUUGGCGGUGGCUGCGGUAGAUGAGGGCGAGGCUUCCUUCAUUCCAGCGUGUGAUGUGGACCCGCGAGGCCGAAUUACACAUCGGUUUGGAGACACUGCGGUCAGAACUACAGCCGAGUGGUUUCGGGGCUUGCAGUCCCGUGAUGGCGGAGGAUCUCUACAGUGGAUAUCAGUGCUGCAGUUGUUGCUGGAUUUUUGCUUUCACACAGGAAGUCCACCUCCGGUGUACCAUGCUAGCACGCGCACGUGGAUCGAUCCGGCUACGGUUGGUCACGGCAGACUGGUGAGAGCCGAAUUGACAUCACGAACCCGUUGGUUUAGUCAAUUCUUGCGAGGAUUGCUCCGGGAAUCGGGGGGCCGGUGGAUUACGAGAGAGUGUCGGCCGGAGUCAACAGCGCUCCAAAUUCGUUUGUUAUGUAUAGGUGUUGCUAUGCCAGCUGAUCGCCAUGAGCGAAUCGAGGCAUAUUUGUCCAGGGUUCUCCCAAAUGGGACAGCUACAGGCGUUUCAAGAUCCUGGACUACGUUACCCCUUCCAUGA